GAGAAGGCACUGGAGUGGAUGCAGUCUGAGGGGGUGCUCCGCAAACACUGCAUCUAACUGACACUUCCUGAGAUGUCUAACAGCUGGUACCAUGGAAACAUCACUCGCUCCAGGGCUGAGGAUCUGCUGUCACAAGCUGGAAAGGAUGGGAGUUACUUAGUGCGAGACAGUGAAUCCGUCUGCCGUGCAUAUGCAUUGUGUGUGCUAUAUCAGAAUUGUGUGUAUACCUACAGGAUUCUACAGAACUCGGAGCAGCAGCUGUCGGUGCAGGCUUCUGAAGGUGUUGCAAUGCGUUUGUUUACAAGCCUGCUGGAGCUCAUUGAGUUUUACAGGAAUGAGAAUUUGGGGCUGGUUACACACCUUCAGUAUCCCAUACUGAAGGAAGAUGAAGGACCUGAAGAGCCUGAUGAAGAACAGGAACAAGCUCCCCCAGAUGUGCCACCAAGAAACUUUGCCUCUACCUUGGUAUCAGCAGAUAUCAAGGAAAUUCAGAUGACUUUGGAGAAACCUGCCCUCGGGAAUUCUUCCCUUCUCCUCUCAGAAACUCUGCUACAAAGGCUUCAGGAUAUUGACAGCCGUGGGGUUCCUGAGGAACAUUUGCAGGCUAUACGUCAGUAUCUGUCUCUCCACAUCAGUAGUGAUUGUGAGAUGGCACGGAAUGGGUGCCAGAGUCUCCCUCAACUGAAAAAGCUUCUAAUGACUUUGUGUUCUGGCCUUUACAGUGAGGUGACCCGAACGUUACCUAUCCUGGAGUCCCUGCAGUCUACGUUUGAUUCACAGCUGUCUCCGGGAUUUAGGCAGCGAUCUCCACUAUCCGGUGAUUCGAACACUAAUCAUAUGAUUAGUAAACUAACCCAGCUCACUUCCCUAGUCUCUGGCCUUGAAGAGAAGAUGAAAACUUUGAUAACGGAUGGUACUGUGGUGAAGCAUAGACGAUCGCUGAUCCCACCCAUUGUAUUUGAGGUUAAAGCAGAUUCUCUGGGUAUAUCCCAAAAAACACACCUGAAGGUUGAUGUGGAAACUGGAAAACUCAUCAUCAAAAAAUCUAAGGACGGUCCUGAUGAUAAGUUCUACCCCAGCAAAAAAAUUCUGCAGCUAAUCAAGUCUCAGAAGUUUCCCAAUAAACUUGUAAUUGUUCUGGAGACAGAAAAGGAAAAGACACAUAGAAAAGAAUAUGUAUUCUCGGACUCAAAGAAACGAGAAGGCUUUUGUCAGCUUCUCCAACAAAUGAAGAAUAAGCACUCAGGCCAGCCUGAACCAGACAUGUUAACUAUUUUCACUGGAACUUGGAAUAUGGGAGCUGCUCCCCCGCCAAAGAGGAUCACAUCCUGGUUCAUGUGUAAAGGUCAAGGCAAGACCCGCGAUGAAACAGCAGAUUAUAUAGAGUAUGACAUCUAUGUUAUUGGUACCCAGGAGGACCCACUAUCCGAGAAGGAAUGGGUGGAUAUCCUGUUACGAUCUCUAAAUGAAAUUACCUCAUCCGAGUACAAAUUGAUCACUAUACAGACGCUCUGGAACAUUCGAAUUGUUAUCUUGGCAAAGCAGGAGCAUGAACAUAGAAUCAGUCACGUGUGUACUAACAGCGUGAAGACAGGCAUUGCCAAUACACUGGGCAAUAAAGGAGCAGUUGGAGCCUCUUUUAUGUUCAAUGGGACAUCGUUUGGCUUCAUAAACAGCCACCUAACCUCUGGCAGUGAAAAGAAGCUCAGGCGGAAGCAGAAUUAUUUUAACAUCUUGCGUUUUCUGGUUCUUGGGGAUAAAAAACUCAGUCCCUUCAAUCUCACGCAUCGUUUCACUCAUCUUUUCUGGUUAGGGGACCUCAACUAUCGAGUUCAACUUCCUAAUUCAGAGGCAGAGAACAUUGUCCAGAAGAUUAAGUUGCAGCAAUAUCAGGAGCUGCUUCCAUAUGACCAGUUGAACAUGGAACGCAGGGAAAGCCAAGUGUUUCUGCACUUCAAUGAGGAAGAAAUCACAUUUCCACCGACAUACCGAUUUGAUAGAGGAAGCAGAGAACGAUAUUGUUACACAAAACAGAAAGCAACAGGGAUGAAGUACAAUUUGCCUUCGUGGUGUGACCGGGUUCUCUGGAAAUCCUACCCUCUGAUGCAUGUUUUAUGUCAGUCGUACGGAUGCACGGAAGAUAUAACUACCAGUGAUCACUCUCCGGUAUUCGCCACGUUUGAAGUUGGUGUAACUUCUCAGUUUGUUUCUAAAAACCGUCCUGGCGAUCCAGAUUCACAGGGACACAUUGAACUGAUGAAUUGCAAGGCCGCUUUGCACACCAAGAGCCAUACAAAGUUCUACAUAGAGUUCCAUUCUUCCUGUUUAGAGAAUAUGGUGAAGAGUCCAGAGUCCGAGGACCAGGAGUCAGAUAAUGGGAUGCUAGUGGUGAAGUUUGGGGUUCUUCCCAAGCUUACACCAAUUAUCUCCGACCCUGAAUAUCUCCUGGAUCAGCAUCUUCUGGUUUGCAUCAAAUCUUAUGACACUGAUGAGUCCUAUGGUGAGGGCUGCAUUGCACUGAGAAUGGAAGACCCUAAACAGCAGGUCUCAUUUUUUACCCCUUUGGCACAUCAUGGGGAAGCGACAGGAUACCUCCAGGGAGAGAUCUGUCUCCCUGCAUCUGAGGGCAAGCAACGCGAGAAACUAUAUGAUUUUGUCAAGAUUGAAAAAGAUGAAACUGUGGCACACAAACAACCAAAACCUCAAAACAACCAACACCUGGAACAAACUUGGAGUUUUAAAGGUUUCGUUGAUAAGAGUUCCAUAAUGGCUCGGAUGCUUGGUGUGCAGGUGUGUCCCCCAGAAGCACACAGCAGCAUAGAUCAUAGUGGAUCCAUUCCAGUCUUCUCAGGUCAGGUAAAGCAGAGUCCCCCAGAUACUCCACCUGGAUACCGAGGAAAUGAACAGCGUCCCAAACCAGGAUCCCCAGUACAAGGACGUGGGGAUAACCCCAUAACGCCGCCACCUCGCUCCACUGCACCAGCACAAAAGUUCACACACCCCAACACGGCCCGUACGGGCCUGACCGUCCGCCAGCAGGAUUCACACAGAACGGCAAAUCCAUCUGACACUCACGAAAUGGUAGAUAAUCCUUUAUACGGUGCAGUUAGUGGUGCUCUCUACCCUCCUGCAGUCCAGGUUAGAUCUCUGAAACCCCCGGAACCCAUGGCCCGACCUUGCCCUGCCAUCCGCCCACGUUCCAUGACUUGCUCCUCUACAGACAAGAAGCCUGCACCUAUGGACAAAACAACAGUUAAAAAUACCCUAUUUACCCCUGCCCCUCAGGCUACCCCUCGACCAGAAACUGUUCCAACUUUACAAAAGCAGCGUCCACCUGUGCCAGCCAAGAUCCAAGCCACACGCGAGAGUCAGCACACCUAGAUUUGUCAUGGGGCAAUACUAAUGGUACAUCUCUUCCCCACGAUCGUUAUAGGGGUCUAUUUCAAUGUGUUAAAUAAUUAUUUGUAUUGAGCACCCUGAUUGAUAGUUAAUUACUUCAUAUCUGGAUUCCCUGUAGAGUGCGAGCUCUAAAAUUCAAAAAAUGAUGAAUAAUGGCCUUAUGAAGAAGUAAUAUCUACAGACACGUAAUAUGAAAUCCUUUGGAGGCAAGUUGUCUGAUGGUGGUUUGCUCCCUCUGAAGGUC